AUGGCGGACUUGGAAUUCAUGGAGAUGAAUAUCUCGUUUGAAGAUGUUGACAGUAACAACAGAAACAGCAACAACAAUUUCAACCACUCUUUGCACAGCGAUUGGGUGCGGCUGAUCAUCCAGAAAGAAGUACAAGAGCGCCAGUUUGAUCCUGUCACUGAGGCUGUUUUAGUCCUGUUUUUUGCCUUUCUCAUCACGUUUGGAGCGAUCGGCAACGGUCUCGUCAUGUUUGUGGUGAUCAGAAACCCAGCCAUGCGAACGCCAAGGAAUAUCUUCAUCAUCAACCUGGCCAUCUCGGACUUCACUCUGUGCCUCUUCACACAGCCCCUGAACUUGUACUUGCUGCUGUUCAAACACUGGAGUCUCGGUGAAUUCAUGUGUAAGUUCGUCACCAUGGCGCAGGGAACUAACCUCUUCGUCUCUACAAUCAGCAUAACGGCUAUAGCCCUGGACCGUUUUCAGGUAAUCGUGUACCCCACUAAAGACAGCAUGAAAAAAAUCGGUGCCGCCAUCGCUCUACUCUCUAUUUGGAUUAUCUCGUUUCUCAUUGCCAGUCCUGCUCUGCUGUUCUCAGUGGUGCAUCGCCGUUUGUGGCUUGAAGAAGUUCCCAAUCUCUAUGUGUACAUGUGUAUGGAAGAUGUCAGUCUAGAGAUUGAAAAACGAGCUUACAGCGUAGCACAGAUGGUCGUUCAAUAUGUGCUGCCCUUCUUCAUUUUAAGUGUUGCACAUUUACGCAUCUGCAACAAACUCCGUUACCGCAUGGUUGCUCAAAAUGGCCCCACAACUGCCUCAACAUCAUUUCAACGUAAGAAGAAUGAACGCAGAAGUCGGAGAAAACGGAAAACGAACCUUCUCCUUGCAGGAAUUGCUCUUGUGUUUGCCCUGAGCUGGCUUCCGUUAAACGUUUUUAAUUUAUUGAUCGAUUUUAGAGGCGAAUACUUCACUGGUCGCAUGGAUAUAAAGCUGGCAUACGCCAUUUGCCAUAUGCUGGUACUUUGUUCAGGCUGCUUCAACCCAGUCUUGUACGGAUGGCUGAACGAUAACUUCCGAACGGAGUUUGUAAACGUUCUGUGUUGUCCCUGCUGUGGUAUAACAAGAAACCGAAUCAAAAGGUUCUGCUGCAGAUCACGACAGGCUACAGGUAUUCCCGCCAUAACACUGACAAAAGUCAGCAACGGGCAGUCCCUUGCUCUGGAUGAAGGUGCGGGCAACAGCAAAGCUGAUGCGCUCACUGUACAGUACCAAGCACAAACCCCUUAA